UAAUAAGCUUUCAAAUUAGAUCGAUAAAAUAUUGCGGAAAAGUGUGAGAAAAAUCCGGUUAGAUGAAAAUAUUGACCAAAAAAUAAUAAGACGUUGGAGAUAAAUGCGCUAAUGAAGUGUGCUUAAACAUUUAGCAAGCAAAGUGUAAUUCAUAGAAAAUGGGUGAAACUGCACCAAUGCCUUCGCCAAGCACCCAAGAGGUAGCAAGUACAAGUGUUUCAACCAACAACGAAACGAUUACGCAGCAACAGCAGCAGCCUUUGAAGGUGAAGGUGCUGAUUAUAGGUGCAGGCAUGGCAGGACUUUCUGCCGCAAAUCAUUUUCUUCAUAAUGGAUGCAAUGAUUUUCGCAUUCUUGAAGCACGUAGCCGGAUCGGCGGUCGUAUUAUUUCAAUACCGCUUCGUUCACAAAGAGUCGAACUUGGUGCCAAUUGGAUACACGGCGUUUUGGGAAAUCCGAUUUUUGAGAUUGCCGUACAACACGGUCUAGUCAGUGUAGUUAAUGUACCGAAACCACACACGGUUGUUGCCACAACAGAGGAUGGCAAUCAGGUUCCUUUUAACAUUUUACAAGAGAUUUACGAGGCAUAUGUGUGUUUUAUGCGACGAUGUGAUGAGUAUUUUAUGUGUCAAUACAGCCCACCGCCGGAUAUUAAUAGCGUUGGCGAGCAUAUUAAUUACGAAAUUGAAAUUUACUUAAGUUCAGUGCAGGAUCCGAAGGAAAAGCGCUUGAAACAAUUGAUCUUCAAUUGUUUGCUAAAGCGUGAAACUUGUAUUACUGGCUGCACCAAUAUGAACGAAGUGGAUCUAUUGGAAUUAGGCAGUUACACAGAAUUGCAAGGCGGAAACAUUGUACCACCACAAGGCUACAGUUCUAUAUUGCGACCGCUCUCUGCGUCUAUACCUAAGGAGGCAAUCAUUACUAAAUGCCCGGUAAAGAAAAUUCAUUGGAAACGAAAAAAGACAAUUACCGGUCUAGAGACGGUGGAUGAGAAUUCUGAAGAUGAUGAUUCAGAUGAUACCGAAAAGACAGUUACCGAAGUGCCGGCAGCAGGCGCUCAAACAACGUCAGCAGGAAAGCCUAAUGAUGGUGUCGUGCGCGAAAAAUCGACUGAGUCAGAUGAGAACUGUGAUUCGAGUGGCAAUUUAGUUGAUGCUGCUGUAAGAGUAGACUGUGAAGACGGACGAACCUUUUACGCUGAUCAUGUGAUAUGUACCAUACCCUUAGGUGUGCUUAAAUCAACACACAAAACGCUCUUCACACCUGAAUUACCACAUUAUAAACAAGAGGCAAUUGAGAAUUUAAUGUUUGGCACGGUUGAUAAAAUUUUUCUGGAAUACGAUCGGCCUUUCAUGAGCACCUCCAUUUCGGAAAUAAUGCUAUUAUGGGACGAUGACAAGUACGAUUUGCAUCUUUCGGACGAAGAACGCAAUUCAAAGGAAUAUUUAAGCAAGAAUUGGUACAAAAAGAUUUAUUCCUUCGCCAAAUUAUCUGAAACAUUACUUUUGGGUUGGGUUUCUGGACGAGAGGCUGACUACAUGGAGACAUUGUCGCAUGAAGAAGUGGCAGAAAAAUGUACCGAAAUAUUACGUGCAUUCUUGAAAGACCCGUAUGUGCCGAAACCCAAGCUUUGUGUGUGCACAAGUUGGAAGUCGCAGCCGUACACUCGUGGCUCAUACACAUCGAUACCUAUUGGAGCAACACAAGAGGAUAUUGAACUGUUAGCGCAACCACUUUACGUCAACCCACAAGCGCAUAAGCCCGCAGUACUGUUCGCCGGCGAGCAUACACACUCCAAUUUUUAUUCAACCGUACAUGGUGCCUAUUUGACUGGUCGUACUGCCGCUCAGUACUUACUUUCCACAGAUGAACCGAUCGAAGUCGUUAUGGAAGCUGACUCCAGCGAUUUGAGCUCCUGGAUACAAGGCAUUUCGCUGGAAUGAAAAGUCUCACUUAUACCCACACACACACACAACAUUGUGGAACAAAAGACAAGUGCAACGAAAG